GUUUCUAAAAACAUUAAUCAACCAGAAAAAGAUCGUUCAUUGAAAAGAAAGAAACGUAGUAAGUUAAAUGAAGAUGAUGAAAUUUACAUUCAAUCAAUGACCACAAUUAGUGAAAGUAAAAAAUUAUCUGCACAAACAAAACAACAACAGUACGAUUUAGAAAAAGAAAAAUUACAAUUCGAGCGUGAAAAAUUUGAACAUCAAAAACACAUCGAAUUAGAAAAUAUAAAAUUAGCAUUAGAAAAAUAUAAAUUAGAACUCGA